GGAAAUGGCUCAUGUUAGCAAAGUAGACGGUUUCCACAUUAGCACAUUAGCAUCGGUACCUCUUGUAUGUAGUUCACCAUGAAUCCGCUAACGAAGGUGAAGCUGAUCAACGAGCUGAACGAGCGGGAGGCCCACCUCGGGGUGAACGAGUCUGUUUCCUGGCACACUGUGUACAAAGACAGCGCCUGGAUCUUUGUGGGAGGAUUUCCAUACGAGCUGACUGAAGGCGACAUCAUCUGUGUCUUCUCUCAGUACGGAGAGGUCGUCAACAUCAACCUGGUGCGCGACAAGGCGACGGGGAAGUCCAAAGGUUUCUGCUUCAUCUGCUACGAGGACCAGAGGAGCACCAUCCUGGCUGUGGACAACUUCAACGGCAUCAAGAUUAAAGGUCGGACCAUUCGCGUGGACCACGUCAAAGACUACCGUCCUCCCAAAGACCACGAGGACAUCGACGACGUGACCAAACACCUGAGGGAGGAGGGCUGCGCUCCCGCAGCCCCCGAGUCCUCCUCCUCUUCCUCAGAGGAAGAUGAGCAGUACAGCAUACCUGUGAAGAAGCCCAAGAAAGAUAAGAAAGAGAAGAAGAAAAAGAAGAAGGAAAAGAAGGAGAAGAAGAAGGCAGAGAAGGAGAAAGAGAAGAAGAGCCGGGCGACCUCCUCUUCCUCGCCUCCCCCUCCUCUUCAUCGUCCUCCUCCCGCUGCCGUCAGAGUCAAAGAGGAGAAGGAGGACGCUGCCUACGACAAGUACAACCAGAGGGGGGCGCCGCCGGGAGGACAUGAGAACGGGCAGAGAGCGAGGGAGAACGAGAGACUCUGGGCGGAGGAGGAGGGAAGGAGGGAUGAAGACAGGAGGAGGAAUCGUGAGAGGGACAGAGAGGGAGACAGGAGAAGAGAGACAGAUCGGGACAGAGACAGCGAUAGAAGAAGAGAGAUGGACAGAGACAGAAGACGAGAGACAGACAGAGAUGAUGAUAGAAGAAGAGAGACGGAUUGGGACAGAGACAGCGAAAGAAGAAGAGAGACAGACAGAAGAAGAGAGAUGGACAGAGACAACGAUAGAAGAAGAGAGACGGACCGGGACAGAGACGACAGAAGGAGAGAGAUGGACAGGGAUAGAGACAGCAAUAGAAGAAGAUAGACAGACGGAGACCACAGAAGAAGAGAGAUUUCUUAGGUUCCUUGAGUUCAGUGUAAAAUGUCUCUGGACGUCGUCUUCAGGAGGACGUGUCCAACAUGCUCCUGUGUGAAGUGAAAUGUUUGUUGUUGAUUUCAUUUUGUAAUAAAACAGAAAUAUCUUCACCAGUGGAAUCAACAUGGAUUUAAAAUCAGAUUCAUCUCUGAUAUUUUAAAAUUACAUUUUAUUAAGGACUACAGUUACAGAGACUUGGGGGCGUGGCCUCCGAGUGUCAAGCCCCUCCUCUUUACCCUUUACUUUUUUUGUCUCAAAAUCCCUGUUAGUCUAAAUAUAAACUAGAACCACUGACUGUAAAAAUAGAACAAGACGAUAUAAAGAUCAGAACCAGAGAGGAACAAGCUGCACCCGUUUAUUAAAGAAACAUCACAGAACAACGUUACACUGAGAAUGAAGAUUCAGAACAUCCCAACAUCAGCCGUGAGAUCCGGUCGCUCUUCAGUUUCUUGUUUCAGUAGAUUUAAUUUUUAUCAUCCUGCUGCUGUGACAGAAAGAACCUGGUCAUGUGACACGAACUCCACUGAGAGCUGAUUAUUAUCUUAAUUAAUAAGGAAAAAUUCAUUCUUAAAGCCGACUCCCCAGUUCUGAAAACAUAUGAUGUGGUAACACUUCAUUUUAAACGUCUGUAGUUUCUGAAUCAGCUCUAAGACGUUUAAGAUCUGUGUAAUUUUGUAAUAAAUUUAAUGCAAUUUAUUUGAAUUGCAUUAAAUUUCAUUGUCUAUCUCUAUUUUACUGAUAAUUUAUUCUAGAAUAUGAUAAUAACAAUAAUGGUGCUGGUUACUGGUUGGCAAUACAAAAUAUACAAGACCUUUAACGAUGACAUUUAUAAACACCAGGACAGAUCCAAGGAAACAGAAUGAUUCAGAAAUUACAAACUUGUAUUUGUUUACGUUAAAAAUUAAAUGUGCCGAAUUAACUAUUAACCUUUGCAGUUUGCAGUUUACCCACAGAUGUACAGACAACUGACUGAAUAACUGUGGUACUCAAAGAAACUUCAAAACCUCAUGAUUCUCAGGGAAGUUCUCAGGAACACCUGUAUACACCUGUCCACGUCACCUCGCACAGUAUCUUUGCCUCUUCUCCUCCCUGACAGGUGAAGCCAGAUUUUACCUGGGUAAUUACUUUUUUUUCUGUCAGUUUGAUUGAUGGCUCUAAAUACUUCAAUACCCAUGAGCCUCAGCUGCUGUUGCUAUGGGGAUAUGAAUUAAUAAAUGAAUCCCAAACUGCCGGAUCUUCA